UUCACUUCAAAUUUGUUAAUCAACGCAUUUGUAUAAGUCGUUUGGUUUGAUUAGUUUGGUUUUAAAGACUCGAGAUACUGGACAGACGAUGACAAUCAUCUCAUUUUCUGCUGAAGAUAAAACAGACUCUGGGUAUUCCUUUAAGCCAUGUGAUGGGAAGGGUCUGGAGCUAGGGCCUGGAUUCCAAGGUCUCCUCUACCUCUCCGGAGGAGUGAAAAAUAAACAGAAAUGUUUCUCUUCCUUCAAUACACAGCUUGGAAACCAUGGAGUUCUGCAAAUCACAGGGUUUAAGAAGACGGGACCUGGUGUAGUGCCUAAAAAUGAGAACUUGUGUUCCCUGGUUAACCUGGAAUAUUCCCUGGUCGAACCUAAUGAUCUCAAGCAACAUAUUUGUGCCAGGGAUACACAGAAUCUGGUAGAGGGUCGGAGAAUGAAAGAGAUUGAGAAAGAUGUAAAUAUAGAAGUUGAGGAUAAUGAUGAUAUUGUUUUUAUUCCUUCAGUAGACUCCAAUCAAGCUGCUCCUGUUAACUUAAAGAAGUUCUUGGCAUCGAUGGAAGAGUCUAUAUCGUAUGACUAUCUACUUGUAACCACUGACCGGUCACUGGUUAACAUCGACAAGGUGCUUAAUGGAUUAACUGGGGAAACCUCCUGGUGGGGGUCAUUCAACCGGUUCCUUCCAGUUCAGGAUUAUGAUCUCAGGUUUACAGCUGUCUCCUACCCUCCCAUCCCUUCACCAUCAUCUGUACUCUCAAAACAUCUGGCGGACUUUAUUGCGCGAAAUUCCGAAAGUUUGGCGGAUUUUUCUGAUGUGUCGAAAUCUCUGUCUAUAUGGUUAUCUGGACUAGGGGCUGAUUAUGUAGACGAGAAUUCCUGGUUUGGAGGUCCAGAGGUCGUCAAUAGAACCCAACUAUGGAGGUCAGGUCAGCUCAUAGUGUUGGAGGAUCUAGUACCAGAAGAAAUGGAGAAUGUUUGGAAAGAUUGAUCUCAGCCCAGAAAAUAUUUUCUAAUAAUCGUAUUCUGUUCUCGCACAAAUGCACCUAUAUUAGUAAUAACUACAGCACAAACCAUCGCACAAAGUUCAAUCGUUAGAAAAAGUUUAGACCGUAGCAGUAUUGAUUAGAUUCGAGCAAACUAUUGUGUCCAUUUAGCAGGAUUUAAUUUUAAGAAAUUUCAUAAAGAAAGUAGCGGGUUCAAUAGUAUUUCUGAAAUGCCUCAUAUAGUUCUAUAUACUCUGAAUUCACAGUUCUACGUCAUGCAUUUUUUUGUUAACUAAACAACUGAUAUUAAACUUCCGAAUUUUUGUUAUUUAUUAACAACUAGCUAAAGGGCCCAGCGUUGCCCGUGAAAAAAAAAUUGAAGAAAAUAUUAGAAUUUUUUUAGUUUAUGUCACCCCCAGGCUACCCAUGAGUGUUCAUAAAAAAUGUCAGCCCAUUCGGUCCCGCCGUUAGCCGGCUAUAGGAAACAUAUAUACGAAUGUCUUGUUUUAUUAUAUAGAUUCCUAGAAUAAACCAGAGACAAGA